AGUUCACCGGAAGUUUAUUAAGUUACCGCCCUUGUUAAAAUGGAGUCUGCAGAAAACGUGAAACCCGGCGGGAGAUGAUUAUUUGUUUAUUGACAUGCAAAAAGACAGAUUUUUAGGAAUGUGCAGUCAGCAAUAAAAUAAAGCAGUAUGACGUCCAUUAUAAAACUUCAGCCAUUCUCUGGUGCUCACAAUGAGUCACCUCCCUGCUACAUGCUACAGGUGGAUGAAUUCAGAUUCCUCUUGGAUUGUGGUUGGGAUGAGGAUUUUAGCAUGGAGUUCAUCAAGGAGAUUAAAAGGCAUGCUCAUCAGAUUGAUGCCAUCCUCCUGACGUAUCCUGAUCACAUUCACCUGGGUGCUCUACCAUACCUUAUUGGAAAGGGCAUUCUGAACUGUCCCAUUUAUGCAACUAUUCCUGUGUAUAAAAUGGGACAGAUGUUUAUGUAUGAUUUAUAUCAGUCUCGCCAUAAUACAGAAGACUUCAAUGUGUUUACUCUUGAUGAUGUUGAUGUUGCAUUUGAUAAGAUAGUGCAACUCAAGUACUCACAAACAGUCCAUUUAAAAGGCAAGGGACAUGGUAUACAAAUAACCCCUCUACCUGCUGGUCACAUGCUGGGAGGUACCAUCUGGAAAAUCAUCAAAGAUGGUGAAGAAGAAAUUGUCUAUGCUGUAGAUUAUAAUCACAAAAAAGAAAGGCAUUUAAAUGGCUGUGUGUUGGAGAAUAUUUCCAGGCCUUCUCUAAUGAUAACUGAUGCUUUCAACGCUACAUAUGUCCAGUCCCGACGCAGAGCAAGAGACGAACAGUUGUUAACAACAAUUCUGCAGACAAUGAGGAAUGAUGGGAAUGUUUUGGUUGCCGUGGAUACAGCUGGUCGAAUGCUGGAGCUGGCUCAGCUGUUGGACCAGAUGUGGAGAAACGCAGAGUCAGGCCUCUCUCCUUACUCCCUCGCCCUGCUCAACAAUGUCAGCUUCAAUGUGGUAGAAUUUGCAAAAUCUCAGGUGGAGUGGAUGAGCGACAAGAUCAUGAGGUCUUUUGAGGAAGCCAGGAAUAAUCCUUUCCAUUUUAAACAUGUCAAGCUGUGCCACAACUUAGCCGAGCUGGCCCGGAUACCAGAGCCCAAGGUGGUUUUGGCGAGUGUUCCUGAUUUGCAGUGUGGGUUUUCCAGGGACCUGUUCCUUGCCUGGUGUGGGAGUCCCAAGAACAGCAUUAUCCUCACCAACAGGACGUCACCGGGAACACUGGCUCGAUGGCUGAUAGACAACCCAGAAAACAAAACAGUCACCAUGGAUAUCAGGAGAAGAGUAAAGUUAGAAGGAGCAGAACUAGAUGAUUAUCUGCGGAAGAGAAAAAACAAAGAACAAGAGGAACUGCGAAUCAAGAAUGAACAGAAGAGAGAGCUUGAGGAUGAGUCGAGUGACGAGAGCGAAACAGAGAUGGACACGGACGCUCAGACGGUGACCAGUAAAGGCAAGCAUGACCUGAUGAUGAAGAGUGAGGGUAAAAGUCGAACAGGUUUCUUCAAGCAAGCCAAGAAGUCCUAUCCAAUGUUUCCUUUCUCAGAAGAGAAGCUAAAAUGGGAUGACUACGGAGAAAUUAUCAGACCAGAAGAUUACACUAUCAUAGAUGUUCCUCAGACAGACGAAGAUAGUUCCGCAGAAAAUGUGAAGAAACUGGAUAGUGCAGUUCAAGACUUGUCAGAGGUGCCCACAAAGUGUGUUGCUGCCACAGUGACCCUUGACAUCAACGCCAACAUCCAGUACAUCGAUUUUGAGGGGCGGUCCGACGGAGAAUCUAUCAAGAAAAUCCUCUCCCAAAUCAAACCAAGGCAGCUAAUACUGGUGCGAGCCACUACAGAGGCCACUGAAGCUUUGGCUGAAUUUUGUAGAAAAAAUGAAGGGGUAGUACAGGGGAAGAUCUUCCUCCCACACAUAGGUGAAGUGGUGGAUGUCACUAGAGAGAGCCACAUCUUCCAGGUGCGACUGAGAGACUACGUGGUGUCUGCUCUUGAGUUCGCAAAGGCUAAAGAAACGGAGCUAGCAUGGAUCGACGGCAUACUGGAUAUGAGUCGUGGAAAGGUAGAUACAGGGGCCAUGUAUGACGCAGAGGAAGGGGAGCUCACAGAGGAAAAAGCCAGAAAAAUACAAGAUGGUGCCUUGAAUGGAGAUGAAGACCCAAUGGAAGUGGUACCGACAGUGGAGGCCUUACCACACAACCAGUUUGUGGGGCAUAAAGCUGUGUUUAUUAAUGAGCCCAAACUCUCCGACUUCAAACUUGUCCUUCUACAGGAAGGCAUCUCGGCCGAGUUCAUUGCUGGUGUGCUUAUCUGUAACAAUAAUGUGGCUGUUAGAAGGAACGAGGCAGGCAGAAUACAGCUGGAGGGGACAAUAUGUGAGGACUUCUUCAAGAUAAGGCAGAUUCUGUACAGUCAGUAUGCCAUAGUGUGAUGGAGUGUAGUUCACCAGACAGUCUGGACUAGACCAAGACAUCAAUUCUAUGUGUUGUCACACAGCUAUUGUGUACAGCUGGGAUAAGCAAUUCCAUACUGCGUCACGACAUUGUAUGGAUUGAUUCUUGUUUGACACUCUGAAAAUUAUGAUCUGACCAUUCCCUUAAAAAAAUAGUCUGCAGAAAAUUGUACCAACAGUUGCACCUUAAUUUAGAUGUUAAUUACAAUUCUGAUUUGUCAUUAUGUUGAUUGAAGUAAAAAAUUCAGACCAAAUUUUUAAUUCACAAAGAAUAUGUGUUUCAUUGUACAUAUGUUUAUCAUUUUCUCAUUCUCUCUUGAAAUAAGAGUAUGUAAGAAUGUGUAACUGAAAAAUCAGUUUGAAUGCAUGUCAAGAAUAAAUGAUAUGUACCAUCAA